CUAAACGGUUUUCCUUUUUCAGAAUCCAUGUUCUUGGAGUGACGGAUGGUCUUGAACAUCUUGGUAGCAUCAGAUGGCAUCUUGCUGGGUGUAUGGUUGUCACCUAUAUUAUUCUAUUUCUGUGGAUAUUCCAAGGCAUAAAGGUGUCAGGGAAGCUGGUGUACGUCACCGUGGCUGUUCCCUUCAUCCUGUUCACCGUCUUCCUCAUCCGCGGAUGUCUACUUCCGGGGUCGGCAGAGGGAAUGUAUUACUACAUCUAUCCCAAGUUUGAGAAGCUUACAGACCCUAAUGUGUGGGUUCAGUCUUGUAGCUUCUCCUUGUACACAAUGGGCAUUGGCAUGGGGUGCAUCAUUACAAUGUCUGGGCACAGCAGUCAGAAGAACAACUGUUUCAGGGAUGCAUUAGUGAUGUGCUUGAUUGACUGUUUCUCCAGCAUUUUCAUCGGACUUGCUUUCUUCGCUUGCGUUGGCCACGUCGCCUACUUACGUGGCGUAAACGUGGCUGCUUUCGAAUCAUCAGGAUACAACCUUGCAUUCAUUGUAUACCCCGAUGUCCUGGCGUCUCUCCCUUUGCCCCAGUUAUGGUCUGUGUUGACGUUUGUCACAAUGAUGUCACUGGCUAUAGAUUCUAUGGUCCCUGGCAUCGAACUCGUCGUAGCUGCGAUAGAGGACCUGUUUCCCCAACUUAUAAGGCGACACUGGCUGGUUAACUCUGCAGUACUCUUUAGCCUCCUGCUGUUCAGUCUUAUAUAUGUUUCCCAAGGCGGUAUAUACGUCGUGACGCUGGUGGACUGGUACGCCUACUUUCCCUCUGUCGCUGUGUUCGCUAUGCUGGAAUGCAUCGUAGUCGGCUGGUGUUAUGGCACGGAGAGGCUUCAAGAAGACAUCAACAACAUGUGGGGACAAAGAAUCCCGCGGGUUGUAGUCAUCUGUAUCAAGUUCGUGUGUCCUUUACUACUCUUUUUGGUGUUCUGCUACUCUCUGUAUUCCUACCGACCUCCGAAGUAUGGUGACUACAACUACCCCACCUGGGCUACAGCUGUGGGGUGGCUCAUCUCUCUGGCGUCACUCCUCCCUCUGCCUGUCGUCUUCAUUUGGACAGUCGUCAACAGAGAUGAAACAACACUUACAAAGAAAUUGAAGAAAUCCCUGGAACCCAACGAAACCUGGCGUCGCACAGCGCGACAUGAAGGUUUCAGCGGAGCCUCACAUCCAAUGGUAGAUGAUGGAUUGGCACGUGUCUAAUCAGGAUACAAUCAUGCGACUUGGUGUGAACUGACAGGAGUUUGAAGAACAAGAAAUUAUAGCAACCCCGUCGGGAACCGGUUGAGAAUAGGUCCCCGUGGCCAAUAACGUGUGCCGGUGUAGUGGGCUCAAACGACUCCCCCUAAAUUUGAUUAAAUUCAUAUGGGCCGAGGCUCAAAAGAUUCUAGAGGCUCACAUGACUCCACUAGCCAGGCUCAAAACACUCCCUCAAGGCUCAGCUAACUCGCCUACCGGGCCCAAAUGACUCCUUGUUUUGAAUUGAAAUGAUUUCAGAAAAUCAAACCUAUCUUGUAUUAUAAAGGUUUUCAACCCCUAUUCCUCAUUUUCUAGGUCAGGUUAAGAAUACCCCCAAGAAGGCUUUGUUAAUUUGGGGGUCAGGCUUGACAAAAUGGUUGAUCCGUGUUAUCGUACCCCGACCCAGUGGCCUGUCUGUCCCAGACUGGGUUAUUUACAGAAAUC